AUGAGUGAGAGAGGCUCCGCCAGAGGGUCGGCUCAGAUUCCCGUUGACGAUGCUUAUUCUACAUAUGAGAACGGGGACGUCUACCAUGAUGGAGAAAGCUUUUCAUCUGGACGGACAUUGGCCACAACCACAACGAUGUAUCGUUACGAGAAUGGAAGAACGUAUCAUGCCUAUCGAGACGGUGAAUACUGGCAACCGAACGACGAGAAGCAGAACAACCAUGAAGCUAUCGUGCAYCAUUUAUGCAUCAUGACGCUGCAAGAUAAGCUAUACUCGGCGCCGAUCGAAGAUCCCAAGACCAUCCUCGAUGUUGGUACUGGCACUGGCAUUUGGGCAACAGACAUUGCAGACAAGUUUCCUGAUGCCGAAAUCAUCGGUACAGACCUUUCCCCAGUUCAAAAGGGGAUGCAACCCGACAACUGCCGUUUCGAAAUCGACGACUGCUGCAGCGAAUGGCUGUAUGAUGAGAACUACUUUGACUUUAUUCAUAUCCGUGGCCUCUUUGGCAGUAUCGCGGACUGGCCAACUCUCUACCAACAAUGCUAUAAGCACUUGAAACCGGGUGCUUACAUUGAGCAAGUGGAAUGGAGCAUACAUAAUCGUUCAGCGGAUGGAACGCUCGGUCCCAAUGCCACUCUUGCACGCUGGAGCCAGAAUGCCCUGGCCAUCGCUGAAAAAUCCGGGAAGACAUUCGAGAUAGCAGAGAAUAUGGCAGGACUCAUCACCGAGGCCGGAUUCGUGAAUGUUGUUGAGAAGAGAUUCAAWUGGCCUAUAGGUCCCUGGAGUAGCGAUCCACGACUCAAAGAGAUCGGGCGUUGGAACCUGUUGAAUUGGGAAGAAGGGAUGGAGGGAUGGACCAUGGCACCUUACACGCGGGUCUUAGGGUGGACGCGGAUAGAGGUACAAGAGUGGCUGAGUGAAAUUCGCAAUGCUCUGCGAAAUCGUAAAGCCCACCUCUAUCAUGAAGUCCGUGUCGUCUACGCCCGCAAACCCGAAUAA